AGCCGCCCUGUCAGUUGUUGUCCUCCGGUAUUUGGGCUGCCUCCGUGUAAGUAGGUUAGCGGUGGCUGGCUGGGUUUAAAGUCUUAGUCCAGGGAGCUGGAGCUGGAGAGGGAGAAAGAAAACUCGAGACAGCUUCAACCCGGACAGCAAGAUGGACGUUCUGAAAUCGGAGAUCCUCCGGAAGCGGCAGCUGGUGGAGGACAGGAACCUGUUGGUGGAAAAUAAAAAAUAUUUCAAGCGUAGUGAACUUGCAAAAAAAGAAGAGGAAGCAUAUUUUGAAAGAUGUGGCUACAAGCCUGUAAAUGAGAAGCCAUCUGGAGAGAUACAGCCAAAAGAUGAGGACCAGAAACCAUUAACUUCAUCGAAUCCAGUAUUAGAACUUGAACUGGCAGAGGAAAAAUUACCCAUGACUCUUUCUAGACAAGAGGUUAUCAGAAGAUUGAGAGAAAGAGGAGAACCAAUCAGACUCUUUGGAGAAACAGAUUAUGAUGCUUUUCAACGUUUAAGAAAAAUAGAGAUCCUCACACCGGAAGUUAACAAGGGAUUGAGGAAUGAUCUGAAAGCAGCUUUGGAUAAGAUUGAUCAGCAGUACCUCAAUGAACUUGUGGGUGGCCAAGAGCCUGGAGAGGAAGACACCCAGAAUGAUUUGAAAGUUCAUGAAGAAAACACCACAAUUGAAGAAUUAGAGGCGCUGGGAGAGUCUUUAGGAAAAGGUGAUGAUCAUAAAGACAUGGACAUCAUUACCAAAUUCCUUAAGUUUCUUCUUGGUGUUUGGGCUAAAGAGCUGAAUGCCAGAGAGGAUUAUGUGAAGCGCAGUGUGCAGGGUAAAUUGAACAGUGCUACUCAAAAACAGACUGAGUCCUAUCUCAGACCCCUUUUCAGAAAGCUACGGAAAAGGAACCUUCCUGCUGAUAUUAAAGAAUCCAUAACAGAUAUUAUUAAAUUCAUGUUGCAGAGGGAAUAUGUGAAGGCUAAUGAUGCCUAUCUUCAGAUGGCCAUUGGAAACGCCCCUUGGCCCAUUGGUGUCACUAUGGUUGGCAUCCAUGCCAGAACUGGCAGGGAAAAGAUUUUUUCCAAGCAUGUUGCACAUGUUUUAAACGAUGAGACACAGCGGAAAUAUAUUCAGGGACUGAAGAGGUUAAUGACCAUUUGCCAGAAGCACUUUCCUACAGAUCCAUCAAAAUGUGUGGAGUACAAUGCACUAUGAGAUCUGUGUGCAGUGUGUAAAUAUCAAGAGAAGCUUAAGGAAGCCUGGCACGGACUUCUGGAAUUACCACCAGUUGCAAUGAGGGAAGAAGAAAAAAGGAGCUUCUGGUCUCUGAGUUCUACCUAAUGCAGCUCUUGGUUUUAAGAACCUGUGUUGGCUCUCAUGUCACAUCUGACUGCAGAGUGAUUUUUGUGUCUUACUUUUAAGUAGUCAAAAAAUUAAGUACUAAAGACUUUCUCCAAUAAUUUAAAUGUGUAAAUUUAAAACAGUCACAGAACACGGUUUAAAAUAACUUUUCCCCUCUAGACCUAAAAGUUGCACUGAGAGGAUUAAAGAGGAACAUUUGAGGAUGGGCUUAAUGAUUUCUGUAAAAUAUAGUAAUUUUCACAUUGCCUUUUAUGUUGUGUUUAUAGAGAAAUAUUUUUAUAUUUUUCAACAAAAAUAUGGAACCAUUUAAUGAAACUUGAUCGUCCUUAAAUGUUGCUUGACUCUUGCCACCUUGCAAUAUAUUUGAAUGUAAAUGUUUUUACUAUUAAGUGUCUAUCUUGCAUUUUAAAGCUUUUAUCCUUUAAAGCUACACAUUUAAAGCUAUAGUAUUGGUCAUCUCUCAGAACAGAUUAACAGGAUAUAGAAGUUUGGAAAACAAAGAUGGUAUAUUAAACCAACAGAAGUUCAAAUUCAGUAACCCCAGGCAUCAAGGUUUCAAGAUGAGGAAAUGGAUUGUCAGGGCUGCUGCUGGCUCUUCCUAGAGUAGGACUGCCUACUAAUGUCGUCCUCCCGAGACCGUGGUGGAUGGCUGGCCCUGCUCCGUCCCGCUGGCCAAAGAGAAAGGUGCCGGACUCUUGUCACUGCCCAGGCUGUAGGGCUUGGUCUGAUUUCACUCAAGCGAGGACUUCUUUUGACUCUUGCACAGUGUCACACCCAGAUAACUGUAAUGAAUCACUGCGCUUUAGAAGUUAAGAGGACUCAGUGAAUAGAGGCAGGUGGGUAAAUAGAAUGGUACUUGACCAGAUGGAGUGGUGCUGGCGGCUCCUGGUAGGAGAGGGGCUCUGACAUCAGAACUGCCUCACCUCAGGUUUCAGCAACAUAGGCAUGUGUAUGUCUGUACACCCACGAGCAAGGCACUUCAUCUCUCUAAACUUCAGCUUCCUUGUCUGCAGAUGGUGGUAGUCAUUGUCCAUGCCGCAUAGCAUCACUGUUUUAAGUAAAAUAAACUGUAUAGCAUGCUACCUGGCAAAUAACUAUGUACAUAACAAUUGUGUCCUUCUUGUUGGCAGAGUGAAGACAAAGUAGCUUUCCUGAACCAGUGGUCAGGACGGUGUGUGCUCACCUCAUGAUGACAGCUGUGCUGCUGGCGGCAGUGUCAGCAGUACUAGUUAGUGGAAGUAUUUAUUAAGCACUUACUGUAUCCACACUCUAUAGUUGCUCACACUUUCAGCCAUUUCUGAGUUUAGAAGAACCCAGAAAGUGGGGCCUGGAGUCAGCUAAGUGAGUGCAGGUGGAUUCAAUUACUUAUUCUGGUCCUUCUUGGAAAGCCCUGAAAGCCAGUUUUGGCCACUUGUGGGGUCUGUGGCUACUCUGGGCUGAUUCUGUCCACUGGUUAUUUGCUCGAUGGUGGCUGAGGCCUGCUGUCCUGAAUUAAAUCAGUGUUCCUUGCCCUUCACCCCACUUUAGAAAACCAUUUCUUAUUAAAUUAAUUAAGACUGAAGGAAGCUUACUAGAGCAAUAAGAGACAGACUUUUAUAAGAUGUGACAACAAUGUAGACUUCAGUUAUAUAGUCUUGUAUCGAACUUGUUUAUAAAUAUUGUUGAAUGAGUACUCCACAGAUCACUUUUUUUUUAAUUCAUAGGCAGGUCACACUAUGGUAGUCAGCUUAUUUUGUGUUGUCGUCCCAUUUGCUGUGAGUUAAUAUUGCACACAGAGAAGAAACUGCAUCAUGUGACACCAGUACCUUCUAGAACUGAUCAGCAUGGGUAGAUGGUUUGAGGAAAAAAAAAUGUGUAAGGUAUUCUGUGGUGCUGUGAAUGUUAGUCAUUUUAGGGCUUGGGUAGAGGGAGGCAGGUUGAAAGGUGUAGAUUCCUCGUAGAGAAGUUUUCUAUUUCCCAGAAGUUAAAGGUCUUCAGAGGACUGUACCUGUCAUGGGGGUUUAGUAAAAAAUGACCUCUCUCAUUCUCCAAAUCAUGAAAAUUAUAGUGCAGCAGAUGCUACAUGUUUCUAAUUUUUAGCUGUUUCUAAAACAAUAAAGGCCUAUCUUUUAAAAUCA